AUGGAAGACGACGAAGAAAUCCAGUCACAUCCAUCCGCAGGAUCUGGAUCUCCGAGUUCGCCGCGUUCUAAUCGCCGGAUAACCGUCACGGUGGCUACCGCCGCGCCUCCUCAGAAUACCUUGACGUUAGCGCUACCGAUACAGCAGCCGAGGACCGUCGGCGGCGGCGGUGGAGGUGGCGGCGGUGGUGGUGGAGGAGGAGGAGGUGGAGGAGGUCGGGAGGAUUGUUGGAGCGAAGGUGCAACCGCUGUGUUGAUUGACGCGUGGGGAGAGCGGUACCUGGAGCUGAGCAGGGGGAAUUUGAAGCAGAAGCACUGGAAAGAGGUUGCGGAUAUAGUUAGUAGUCGGGAGGAUUAUAUGAAGGCUCCGAAAACGGAUAUUCAGUGCAAGAAUCGGAUCGACACGGUGAAGAAGAAGUAUAAGCUUGAGAAGGCGAAAAUUGCGUCCGGCGGGGGGCCUAGUACGUGGAGUUUCUAUGAUCGGUUGGACCAGCUAAUCGGUCCUACGGCAACCGCGAAGAGCGGUUCAUCAUUGUUGACUACUCCGCCUUUAAGAGCUGUUCCGGUGGGGAUUCCGGUCGGUGUUAGAUCGGCGCCUGUUCAAAGUCUGAGGUUAAAGCAGCAACAAGAGCGACAACAACAACUCCUUCUUCAGCAGCAGCAGCAGCAACAACAACUUCAACAGCAGCGUAAGCGUCUACGCCCCCCUCCUGCCUAUUCAGACUCAUCUGAAUCAGAACCAGAGGCGUCUCCAGAUUCGCCUGAAUCAGAUUCCUACGAGCAAAAACGCCCAAGAGUUCCACUUCCAUUCAAUGCAAACUCCAACUCCACCGCGAGGCAGCAACAACAGGACAGAGGGCGAGGAGUAGGAGGGAGAGAGAAGAAUUGGGGAGAUUCCGUUAGAGAAUUGACCAGGGCGAUAAUGAAAUUUGGGGAAGCUUAUGAGCAGGCUGAGAGCUCCAAGUUGCAGCAGAUGGUGGAGAUGCAGAAGCAAAGCAUGAAAUUUGCAAAGGAGCUUGAAUUGCAAAGGAUGCAGUUCUUCAUGAAGACACAGUUAGAGCUGUCACAGCUGAAGCACAGUAGGAAAGCAACAACAACAAUCAUAGUGAUGAUAGCAAUAACUAAAUUAAGGUAUGCUUGGUUUUCCAGGCUGAUAGGCUCAUCAAGAUUUAGGCUUGGAAGGUGA